CCCGGUAGGCGGAGUCUGAAAAUGGAGACCACCGACUCCACAGAGGGAUCUUUGACACGAUCUUUUGAUAUACAGCCCAGCUCUGAAGGACUAGAGUCCACUUCAGAACCCAUUCCUUCUUCGGGUAGCAGUCCUAAGCCUACCGUACAGACCGGAGCUGCCCCAUCAUCUGCAGUAUGUCGAGGAGUUCCUUCGCCGUAUUGUGUGUUUACAGAUCCCUCCUCUGACAGUCUUUAUGAAGCAACCUGCCCCGCACCCCAUCCGAGGGGCCAUGGGAGGUUUGGCUUUCAGCCCCUCUAUGUUUCUUAUAUUCCUCGGGAUCCCUGUAAUACCGCAGACCUCAGCUCAAACCCUGAUCCUGCCACUUCUUAUCCUUGCCAUAGCUCUGUUCAUAGCUCUGUCUCUGGCUCUGGCCCUUGUUUUGGUGUUAGCUCUGAGCCUAGCCAGGGCUCGGGUCCCACCUCUGGGCCUGUUCCUGUCUCUGGACCUAGUCUUGUCUCUGGACCUGCUUCUGUCUCUGGACCCGAUUCUUCUUCCUCUGGAACUGCUCUUGCCCCUGGACCCGGUCUUCCUCCUAGACCUGAGCCUGCUGAGCCUGUACCUGGAACUAAGCUCAGGACCUACAUUCCUCAAGGAUUCAAAUGCAUCCCAAUAGAUCUGUUCCCUAAUUGGGGUCAGAACAUACACUGGAAGCCGCAACACACCUGGGAACCUGUACAAGUCAGGGAACCUGGAGUAAGAGGGCCACGUAAACGUCCAGAGGUUGAAUAUGAGAAAAUUCUCUGCAAAGCACAGCCACGUGGCCAGUGUCUCCUCUACAACUGGCAGGAAGAGAGAGCCACCAACCAGCUGGAUCAAAUCCCACCAUUGCAAGACGGCUCAGAGAGUUAUUUCUUCCGACACGGACACCAGGGUCUGCUGACCUUGCAACCUCAGUUGCCCAUGCCUUCUAGCACCACCCAGAAAGACUCAUACCAGCUCCCAAGACACACCUGUUAUCCACUUCGAGGGAAGCGUGAAGCCAUGCUGGAGAUACUCCUGCAACACCAGAUCUGUAAAGAGGUGCAGAGAGAGCAGGAGCCUACAAGGAAACUCUCUGAGACCGAGUCGGUAACACACCAUGACUACAGAGUGGAGCUGGUAGGAACAGGGCCUCCUGCCCCAACAAAGCCUCAUGAUUACCGCCAGGAACAGCCUGAAACCUUCUGGAUACAGCACGCAGCACAGCUACGGGGUGUCAAUAGCAUCAGGACACUGGACACUCCAUUCCGGAAGAACUACAGCUUCUCAACACCAGCAUCCUUGUCGCUGGGGCAGCCUUUGCCUUACGAACUGGAGAACAGCCCCCACCAAAUGGGGGUAAUGUCUUCCCUUGCCUGUCAGGGAGGGCAGGGGGAUAGAAGGAAGAGAACAACUCCAUUCUAAGUAUUGAGGUGGGAAGCAGACAUGGGAUUUGGAAUCCAUUUCUAUUUAUACUACAGACGUACUUUGGAUGGAGUUGAUUCUCUGUCCUUGAUGUAGGUUUUACAUAAAGCACUCUCAUCCUGCA